CACGGAAGAGAGAGCGGGAUAGAGGGAGCGGGGAUGCCUGGCCUGGGUGGGCUGUUGUCGAGGGCGGGCGGGCGUGAGCGGGUGCUGCUGGUGGGCGAGUGGAAGCCCCCUUCCGCGCGGGAGUGGCUGGAAGCCUUGGCCCGGGACCUCUUCGGGGAAGAAGAAGAGGGGCAGGUGGAGCAGAAGGCCAAGGAAGAGAGCCCACCUCCCCCUUGCCCUCCCGGCCCUCCCCCUUGGCCUUCCUGCCGGCUGCUCUUCGUCCUCUUCGGCGCCGCUUCCUUGCUUCCCUCGCCCACCAAGAGGAAGAAGAAGGAGAAGGAGCGCCUCCGCCUCCGCGCCAUCCUCCUCGACCUGCGACGCCGCCUCCGGGGGGGAUUCCCCGCCGUGGUGGGCGUGGCCGUGCUGACGUCACAAGGGGGAGAGGGAGACCCCGCGGGAAGCGCGCGCCUCCCCCUGCUGGCCCUCCUGCGCAGCGUCUUCCGGGAGAGGAAGGGAGCCACCGCCGAGGAGACCCUGCAGGCCGCCCUCUACAAUCCCGGAGCAGGAGGAGCGACGCAAGUCGAGGAGGCCGCCUCCAAGGCACUCUCCGCCGCCCUCAGGAUCCAGGCAGACGGAGUGGAAAUUGGGACGCAGAAGCUCCCUUUCUUCUUGCAGUGCCUUCCGUGGGGCAGAAGGAGACCGCAGAGAAAAGGGCAAUUGGAGACAACCGCAAACAAGGUCAACGAAGAUGCCUCUGAAGAUGCAGAAGAAGUCGUGGCUUUGACUAACAUGGCGCCCAACGGGAUUUGUGAAGACGCCUGUGGAAAGGGUGGCAUUUAGCAUCCCUUCCUUCUGAAAGUAAUAGGAUUUGGGACUGGGAAUUCCACUGUACCUUUGAGAGACGGAGCAAUGAUGCCCUUCUCCCGCUUUGUUUGAUCCCGGACGCCAAAGCAAUUCAAGAAGGAGAUGGUCAAGCUGGAAAGUGUCCAGAGAAGGGCCACCAAAAUGAUCAAAGAUCUGACAGCUAUGAAUCCCUUUGAGGAGGGGCUUAGGGAGCUGGGAAUGUUUAGCUUGGAGAAGAGAAGAGGACACAGAGCCGUGUUUAAAUAUCAGAAAGUGCAUCACAUUGAGGAGAAGGGGCCAAGCUUCUAUUCGGCUGCUCCAAA